GAAGGAGAAGUGGGGGUGCAGGCAGAGCGGCGGCAUGCGGGCAGAGGAGCCGCUGGCGCUGGCGGCCCCGCAGGCGGGCGGUGGCGAGGCAGAGGCGACGGGCGAGGAGCAGGGCGGCAGCGGCUGCUGCAGCAGCGAACGGCUAGUGAUCAACAUCUCUGGGCUGCGCUUCGAGACGCAGCUGCGGACCCUCUCCAUCUUCCCCGAUACGCUGCUAGGCGACCCAAGCCGCCGGGUGCACUACUUCGACCCUCUCCGCAACGAGUACUUCUUCGACCGCAACCGACCCAGCUUCGACGCCAUCCUUUAUUACUACCAGUCUGGAGGGCGGCUCCGGCGGCCAGUCCACGUGCCCCUUGACAUCUUCCUGGAGGAGAUCCGUUUCUACCAGCUGGGCCAGGAGGCUAUUGAGACCUUCCGUGAGGAUGAAGGUUUCAUUCAGGAGGAGGAGAAGCCCCUGCCUGAGCACCACUUCCAGCGCCAAGUCUGGCUGCUCUUUGAGUACCCUGAGAGCUCCGGACCAGCCCGUGCCAUUGCCAUCGUCUCUGUGCUGGUGAUCCUCAUCUCCAUUGUCAUCUUCUGCCUAGAGACCCUGCCUGAGUUUCGCCAGGAGCCCAAGGUUACCCAGCCUGGCUUUGGGGAGCUAGCUGUGCUUGAUGAUGACAUACUGCUGCCACCACCACCACCAAGUGGGACCCCGCAGCCUCCACAACCCACUGCUGGUGCUGGCCCUUUCUUCACUGACCCAUUUUUCCUCAUCGAGACACUGUGCAUCAUCUGGUUCUCCUUUGAGCUUCUUGUGCGUUUCUUCACUUGCCCCAGCAAGCCUGACUUCUCUCGCAACAUUAUGAAUAUCAUUGACAUUGUGGCAAUCAUCCCCUACUUCAUCACCCUGGGCACAGAGCUGGCCCAGCAGCAGCAGCAGCAGUCUGGGAGUAGCAGCAACAAUGGUGGCCAGCAGCAAGCUAUGUCCUUGGCCAUCCUCAGAGUCAUCCGAUUGGUGAGGGUCUUCAGGAUCUUCAAGCUCUCCAGGCACUCCAAAGGGCUACAAAUCUUGGGGAAGACUCUCCAGGCAAGCAUGAGGGAGCUAGGUCUCCUCAUCUUCUUCCUCUUUAUUGGGGUGAUCCUCUUUUCUAGUGCCGUAUACUUUGCAGAGACUGAUGACCCUGACUCAUUGUUCACCAGCAUUCCUGAUGCUUUUUGGUGGGCAGUGGUGUCCAUGACCACCGUGGGCUAUGGGGACAUGUAUCCCAUGACAAUUGGUGGCAAGAUUGUGGGUUCCUUGUGUGCCAUUGCGGGUGUGCUCACCAUUGCUCUGCCUGUGCCUGUCAUUGUGUCCAACUUCAACUACUUUUACCACCGAGAGACUGAUAAUGAAGAGCAGUGCCAAUACACCCAUGUCACCUGUGGCCAGCAGCAGUCACUCUUCUCUGAGCCCAAGAAGGGGAACAGUAAUCAGUCUCUCAGCAAAUCUGAAUUUUUCGAAGUGGAAGACCUGGAGUCCAUGAAAUAUUCCAACUUCAUUCCCCCUGGUAAUCAGGGUUAUAAAGAGAAGAAAAUGCUGACAGAAGUGUGAUCAGUUUUGUUAUCCUGGGUCCAGACACAGAGCUGCAAGCUGCUGCACAGCUGUCUUCCCACUAGCAGUUGGAUCUAUUCAGCAUUUGCGUACCAGACUGUGAAUUGUGAUACUGUAAACGGAGUCAUUGUGAUAACGGACUCUUCUGUCCUGAUUGGCUGUUUCUCAUUAUUGUGUGCAGUCAGAAAUGUUCUUGCUUUAUUCUGUGGAGUGCUAGCUGUCAUUCCCUGCUCCCUCAUGGAUGUCUUUUUCUUUCUUUUCUUUUCUUUUUUUUUUUUUUUUUUUUUUUUUUGAAGACCACCGUAAUACAAUUUUAGCUUAGAAGACUAACCUUUCUACUCCACUAGCAAAGAAGUCUUUGCAACAAGUUCAGCUGAAGGAUUCUGCAGGGAGUAAGUAGUUAAAGGGGCUAUGAACAUUUGGCUCAAGCUGUACCCUUGGUUCCUGUGCCAGCUUGGUGCCCUUGACUGUGGGAUCAGUCACGCCUGCCAUGCCAUAGCCUUUGAAUAAUGGAAAUGCUUUAGCUAGCCUCACAGUGAGUUCUGUGGGGAAAAGUCAGCAAACAGAUGCCUUUCUUCUUUGCAACACUUGGCUUCCAGAGGAUCCUCUUGUUUUAUGUUUCCAAAAAGUUGCAUAGAUCUAAAAGUACGUUGCUACUUCGUAUAUGCAUUUAUCAUAAGUGGGCAUAUAUUGACAGACUUACUGAAGAUUUUCUGUGUUUUGAUCUUAUUUCAGUCUUAGUUGUGCCAGUGUCCUGAUGUUAAUUGGCUUUUAUAGUAUCAAGUUAACCUUUGUAGUGGUGCUUUCUCACUUUUGUGAAAAUUGUUAUCUCCUCAAUUUAUCUCCACAAGUUAUUAAUGAGAUGUACUUUAUGCUUCAGCUACCCAGUUCUGUAUUCAGGCAUGUGAACACAGUUGACUCCACUGCAUUUUUUGUUGAAGUAUUUCUGUAGCUGAGGACAGUUUGCAUGCUGAUAUUUUGUUGACAUGGCCAAAAAACACAACCACCUGUGCUGUCUGAAAAUUCCGCUGAUAUUGUGGGUCGCAGUCAUAAAUUAGCCCUGGGUAGAUGUAUUGACAUUAGAGGCUGGCCCUUACACCAGCUUCCCUAAGACAUCUGCACAUUCUCAAUAGCAUAGCCCAGAACUUUAAAAUGAGAGGAAAAAGAGGUAACCUUGAAGAGUUUUUGCUUUAUUACUAAUUCAGCCAGUUCUGGUUAUUUCUUAAAUUGAAGGCACAGAAAUGAUUUUUUCAUUUACUAGGUUUUAUGAGUGCAACUUACAGUAGCAAUGCAAAAUACAUUCCUUGGCCUGCAUUGCUGGGCUUGUCAAGGGACCAGAGAAUUUCAUUUUAAGAUGCAUGUUUUUCUUUCCAGAGCACAUUUAUCUCUGCCCAUUCCCAAUUUUAAAAUGUUUCAAAUGCUGCUAGUGGAUAAAAAGGGUAAACAAAUACUUUUAGAUUCUAUUGGUAAACUUUCAUGCAAAUGCAUAUAUUGAUUUUGUUUUUAAAUGUGAGUGUAUGUUCUGCAUUCAUAUGUGUGCAUGUGUAUGAAAGCAAAGACAUGCAGAAUCAUAGUAUCAUAGAACACGCAUGCCAUAGACAGGGUUGCCAGCCACUGGGUCUGACUGCCCAGCAUCCCAUCCAACCUGGCUUUGAAAUCCUGCAGGGGUGGAGCAUCCACAACUUCUCUGGGCAGCAGCACCUCACCACCCUCUGAGUAAAGAAUUUUUUCCUAACAUCUAACUUAAAUCUUCCCCCUUUUAAUUGAAAGCCCUUCCUUUUUGUUCUGUUAUUAUCGGACCAUGUAAAAGUCGGUCUCCCUUCUGCUUAUAGCGUCCCCUAUGGGCCACAAUGAGGUUUUUCCAGGGCCUUCUCCAAGCUAAACAAUCCCAGCUCCCUCAAUUUUUUCUUUGUGAUAGAGGUGCUCCAGCUCCUUGAUCAUCCUCAUGACCCUCCUUUGGAUCUGCUGCUGUAGCUCCACACAUUUCUUGUGCAGGGAAUCCCAGGCCAGAUGCAGAACUCCAGAUAAGGCCUCACAAUGGCAGAGUAAAGGGUGCAAUCACCUCCUUUGCCCUGCUGGCCAUCCCUCUUUUGAUGCAGCUCAGGAUACUGUUGGCCUUCUGGGCUGCAGGCACACACAGCUGGCUCAUAUCUAGCUUUUUGUCCACCAGGAUCCCCAAGUCCUUUUCCAUAGGGUUGCUCUCAAGGAGUUCUUCUACCAGUGUGUACGCAUAUAUGGGAUUAUUCUGAUCCAAGUGCAGAGUGUCACACCUGGCCUUGUUGAACCUCAUUUUGUUCUUGUGGACCCAAUUUUCAAGCCAGUCCAGGUCCAUCUGGAUGGCAUCCCUUCCUUCUGUCAUAUCAACUGCACCACUCAGCGUGGUGUCAUCAGCAAACUUGCUAAGGGUAUACUCGAUCCCACUGUCUGUGUCAUUGAGAAAAAUGUUAAAGAGCACUGGUCCCAAGACAGGCCUCUGUGGGACACCGCUCAUCACUGGCCUGUACCUGGACAUAGAUCCAUUGACCAAAACCCGUGACCAUCCAACCAGUUCUUUGUCCACUGAAUAGUCCACAAAACAGAUAUAAUAACAAGAUGCAAAAUAUAUAUAGAAUAUGUUUUAUGUAUAUGUAUGUAUCAUACUUUUCAAACAUAAGGGUGAGAUUGCUAAGGACAUGUCCUUUAAUAUCGGCUGAGCUGGCAGGGUUGUGAGAUGGGAUCUGUUUGCAUCUUUGUUACCCUGCUUGUUUUCCAUUGUCUUGAAAUUUGGCUCCAUGCCUAGAGAGCUUUUAUUGUGACUCUCCUCAUCUGGAUCCUGAUCAUAUGGUAGAAGUUGUUUGUGUAAGUCCUAACUUCUGCGCUUCUCCAGAGACCCAUUGUCUUCUCAAAGGUUUCUAAUGUACAAGGAACCCCUUAGGUCAGUGCACAGAUAUUGCACUGGUUCCUCUGUUCUCUCUCUCACUGAUCAGCAGAAAAAUGCCAUUUGUUACUGAGGAUCAGCCCGGGAGACCACGUGUGGUGUGGUAUGGUGACGGCUCUGUAGAUGAGAGGAGCUUGCCUGAAAAAAGAGAGCAGAAUGUGACUUUCCAGGCUACCUCUACAAAUGUCUGUAAGUGCCUAGUGCUUUUUUGGUUCAUUGGAACUGAGGCAAAUUUAUCUGAAUUUCUGGGCUUUGGGUUUUAUUCUGCAUCUCUUGAAGCAUGUAACUUGUGGGUCAACAAUACUAGUGCAGCUGUAGGAGUAAUCCCACUGCAAGGUGAGAUCUCUGUUGAUUUUGUGUAAAAAGUUGUCUCAGUCUCUGAAUUAAUUCUGCAAAAUGCUGUUGUUGUUCUUAGUUGUGUAUCAGAUUCAGUACAAUGAAAUAUUCUUCUGAAUGCAAGGGAUUGGCUUUCAGUUUUAUGUUGUACUUGCAAGUGCAGUAAGCUAGCAGAAGAACCUGCUGUUUAAGAGGGACAUGUCGAGGCUGUUGCUGUCUCCUAGUAGAAUGCCCAUGUUUGGCAUUAUUUUCAUGCAGAAGUGUAUCAGCUGAUACAAGUUUCCCCAAAGUAAGAUAUAAAAAGCUCAGGUUAAGCACAAGUUCAGGAGGAGGCAUGAGCUAUGCUCUGCUUAUAUCAGAAAAUUCCUUGUGCUGGUUUCUUCCCUUUGGCCCAACCGCUCUGCCCCUGACAGGUAGGAGCCAUACCUUUCAAGAACAGGUUGUUCUUCCAGCCAGCGUGGAGUGUAGCUGGGCAUGCAGACUCUGACAAAACAAACAAACAAACAAACAAAACGUGAAACAUAUAACCAGUAACAUAAACCCUAGCGUGUCUUGUAGAGAUGUUCUGGUAAAAAGAGCUUCUGCUAUCAAGUGAAAUUCAGCUGUGGGUUUCUAAGCAUAUAGACACACAUAUGCCUAACACAGAUGCAAAGGAAAUUUGCUGCAAACAGACUACUUUAUGUGCAGUUUUUUGCACUCCAUAUUUUUCAAUUCUGGAAAGAACGUGAAAAUGAAAAUGUGUAAAACAGGAGUGGUGUUUGCUCCCUGGAUUUUCUGUGUUAGAGCUAAGAGAAAUACAAAAAGUUAACAAGCUUGGAAAGUGUAACCUGGGAGUUUUAUUUAAGUGCACAAAUCUGCUUUUAAACGUCUCCUAAAAAAAAACCCAACCAGGAUAGUCAAGUCAUGCAGUCAUCAGCAAUAUUAUAGCACCUCUGGUAUUCAGCAUUUUUAUUAAGCAGCCUUCAGAAUUUUUGCAAGUGACUUACGUGACAUUGUGCCUUUAUAAAGCACUCAAGUUUUCAGCUGUUAGCAGUCACCUCUGGAUGCUUGAAAUACAAAUCUGUCUGUCUGUCUAGCUGUUUCCUUCUUAAGGCAGAGCACAUCUUGUGAAGCAAAGUAGAAUCUCCAAGGAUCUGUUUCCGUAACAAUCUUGCAGACUGUUUCUCUACCCUGUGACUCUGGCUACAAGCAAAAGCACUGUUGAAUAGGUUCAGUCCUUGGUUAUUAGCACGCCACCUUUACAGCAAUUUUCGUUGCUUAGUAAAGUUCCCAUCAUGUUAUACUGUGUACAGCUGCCCUGUUAAACUCCAGACUGACAGACUGUUAACAGUGUUUGAAAACAGGCAGUGCAAACAAGGAGAUGGGAACGGACUUAACAUCCUUGCACAUGGAGAGAUGAAGGGUGUGUGAAAGACACACUUAUGGACAAGGGGGCCAACUGGUCAAUGAGUUUUCUGAGUACUCAGUAACAAGGAAUACAAGCAGGAGUGUUGCUUUAGAAAACACAGAAUUCUUUUUUUAGCAAUCUCACUAGGAAAUAAAGUUUUGCUAUGGACAAGACUACCACAUUUUUUUUCUGAACCUUUGGCCAUUCUGUGACAGUCAGUUCUAAAGAAAAUUUUGCAUGGGACAUUUUUACUGUGGAUGCCUUUUUUAUCCACUGAUUAUGAACCAUCUGAAGGACUGUAAGUUUAAAAGGCAUGAAAAUUGUUUUGCAGUAUUUCAGACUCUACAUUACUGAAGGAUUCCUGAAGUUUUCUACAAGGUGAAAGUUCUGUUCCUGUUUGGAAAAUGUUGCAUGUUGAGUUCCUUGAGCAAUUUUCUGUUUUGGCCCUGUUCAUUCUGAUCUAGCUUAAAUGGAUAAAAGUCACCGCUACAGCAGCUGGAAGGAUGAAGGUGAUAGGACUAAGUGUUCUCUACUAGGUCCACUGUAUGUAUGGAUGGUGUAUGGAAAUCCCUGCAGAGAUAAAGAAGAAUUAGUAUAAAGGAAAUUCAAGGGAGCAAAAAGCGGGGUAAGGGCUGAAGCAUCUUCCAUACUAAGAUGAAAAGAAUAGGAUUAUCACUAAAAGCAAAGGAACUAAUAGCUCCAGCUUUGGCUGUUGUAGCAGAGGUAGGAAAGGUUUCUUUUUCAUCUGUGAAACUAACAACUAUGAAUUUCUUGCAAUUAAUGAGGAGGGAUUUCCUCAUUAAAAUUUGCAGCCUAAACGGAGAAUCUGAUUCUAGGUGAAGAAAGAGAGAAAGAUAACUAUAAACUACAAAAAACAUAGUAUGAACCAGAUCCUCACCAUCUACUGAUAUAAGUUAGCAAAACUCCAUUUAGCACAACUACCUUCAUUUAUAUUGGUGUCCAACUUCAAUCUUCUGCAUACAGUCAAAACAUUUGUACUAUCUGUUAAAAUGCUUACCGUCAUUUUUUAAUUCUCUUGAGAUCCACCAGGGAAUGUGGAUUACAGCAGGAGUUAACCUCAGCUUUCCCAAAAAACUCUUAUCUGACUUGAGUCCAAGUAAGUCUACUGAGCUCAGAAAAGUUAGGCUUCUCUUUAAGUUUAUACCGGCAAAAACAAAAGCAGUUGCAUUUCUAAAUGCAAUGGUGGAAGUAUGCAGGCCAUGGACAAGCUUCAGACUAAAUGAGAUUCUGUGCUCAGCUGCAGACAUGUAAGCACAAGAUAGCUCUAUUUACAUUGUAGUAACUGAGAUCUGAUCUCUUCAUCUCUGCUCUUUGAAGGUUACACUCCAGACAAAUCACAUUCUGAGUACGUUUGUAGCCAUAUUAUCAGCAUGCUUACAGUGCAAUUCCCAAUUUGCUGCCAUCUGCUUUACAUGUAAAGUUAAGGAGAAGAGCAGGUGUCUGCAGGAUCAGAAGCCUUAAUCUGCUGAUAAAAUGAAAAAUUGACAAUGAAAGCUGUAUGUCCCUCGUUGCCUAAGAAAUAGUUGGUAAUGAAACUGCUUGUUAAUUACAGUAAGGAGUUCAAUGAUAUGGACAUUAGGUACUAAGUAAGGCAAGACUCUGGUCAGGGAGGCAAACCCAGGAGAAUGUUUGCAGGGGGAAAGUAGGCAAGGGACCACAGUAAAACUGAUUUUCCAGUGUGGCUUAUGUUGUUGGUAAACAUGUCAAUUCUGUAUGCCUUGUCCAAAUGUUGAGUGUUUGUUCCAGGGAAGUCUGCUCAGGGUUUGUUGGAUGGCACAAGAACUUGAAUAUUACGGCAUGGUUUUAUACUUUACUCAUAACUGGGAUCAGUGUGAGUUUUGCUUCAUUGAUAAAUAUUCUCUAUAGGAAAUAUCCAUGUUGUCUGUACUGCACAUUUACAGGUUGAACUUUCCAGUGUCCAACUUUUUCUUAAUGAAAGAAAGGAAAAGAUUUGCAGGAGGGAAAUUUCAUGGAAAGUGCUCAUCAACUUUUGUGGUCACUCUAAAAUACUGAAGCAGUGUUGCCUCAGAGGCAAGACUCGUGAGAAACCUUGUGUUCAUACAAAAUAUCGCUGGAAGUUCAGUAAGUCUGUCUUAGGAUUCAAUUACACUAGAUGGAUAUAAAAAUAUUUGUUGUAAAGUUUUGGAAGACCAUUUAUUGAAAUGUGUAAUAAAUCUUAAGUAUUUCACUGGGAUUGUAGCCACAUCUUUAGGUGUUGUAGGUUCAUUUACCUAAAAAGUUGUAUGCACUUAUUGUUUUAUCCUCUUGCAUUCUUGCAUUCUCUGGAGAGAAAUGAAAUGUUCUUUGACAAAAAAAAAAAAAAAAAAAAAAAAGUGGAACAUUAAUGUCUCCUCUUGCUGCUUGUUGAUGACAUCCAUUUUCAGAAAGCAGAUGCUGCCCUCUUUUACACUGGUGCAAUUCUGGAAAAGAACCAUGUCAGUGAAGUGACUCCAAACUUAUCUCCGAUGAAAGCAGAAUUGGACCACAGUCCAAUUUGCUUAUACGUGUUGGCACUCUAGGAAGGUGCACUAGUAUCAUAGCGUAAGUUGAGCCUAUAUGCUGUGCCGUACUCAGCUCUUCUGUGCCCUUGACAGUUAUGAGCCUGGCAGAAGUCAGGCUGGUGUGGGGUUUUUGGGGUCACUAGAUUGCUCACAUCAAGCAGAGCAGAUUCCAUUUCUAGAUCCUUGCCUUCUUUUCUAUCUCAAUUUCUGUCAAUUUCCUGUUGCUUCAAUAUGAUCUAUCUCUAAGGAGACAGAUUUUUUAUGGUAAGUAAUCAUAAUUGCAGUUCUUAAUUAAUACAAUAGCAGAAGGGUAGCAGAAAUAGGCAUGGAGACAAAUUCUACUCCUCCUACAGAUUUUUACUGUUAUGGCCAUCUGUGAAAACUGUCACAGUCCUGUCAGGUUGGCUGUAGAUCUGCUGACUCUAGGGUCUCCAUUUUCAGGAUAUACUAAGAUUAAACAGAUCAGAUCACUUCUUUCUUGCUCCAGUACUUCUGAUUUUAAUGAUGCAUACCCUGAAGAAGCUUUACAUAAAAGCCAUUAGUAUGCUGUGUGGAAAAUUACCACUUAAGAUGGGAUAGAUGAGGGUCAAUCAGAAUAGGGGAAGUACAGAGUCAGUAAAGAAUGGAGUAAAUAAUCAUUGUGAGAAAGGAAGGAUGUUCUUAAAGGAGUUCUUCAAGAAUUACUCUCUGGAUUGUUUAAAGUAUUUGCUGUAGGACUAAGAUAAAAUUUAGCAAUGAUGUAACCCAAGCGUCACUGUGUGUGUGGACGUGAAUGAUGACUGAAUGAUGGACUUAAAGAAACUGGAAGAUACUAAAUAGCACAACAAUUAAAAUAGUUAUAGGGAUUUUGAUAGCAAGCAUAUCGCUUGUGGAAGACACAGAUUGGGAGUGGUAAGAUCAGUCAGAGUACCAGUGUCAAUUAGAGUCACAAGAGGGAUGAAGUCAUAAACUUCAGGUACAGCUCUUGUAAGUCUUGGAAGAACUUCUGCUACCACCUGGGAAGUGUUAAUUCUUUAAGGCCUCAUCUGGAGAGUUAUGUGCUUUUGUGGUGACCUAAAUUAGGUGAAUUGUAACUCAGAGUGGGAAGGAUGCGUGGGAAUGGCAGCAAGAAUGAUCAGGUGGACCAACACUACUUCAGAAGAGGAAUGUGGAAGAACCUGUCUUUUCUAGACCAGCAAAAGAUUGGCAAGAGCUGUAGUUACAAAAAAUAAAAGUAAAUACAAUCCCAGGUAUUAAGUUGAAAGGCUGUGGUAUUGGUGAACAGUAGAGCAGAAACUGUCAAUGAAUAAAUUUAUAUUGGAAAGCAGUAAGUGAUUUCUAGUAUAACAGAUAAGGAGAAAUGAAAACUUGUUUUGGGAGAAAAGCAAAUAGUUUUUUUCAAAUGAACUUUGGCAAAUUUGUGAAAGCGUUCUCAUAUAGAAGUAGUUACAUGCAAUGCUGAACCUGGAUUGUAUUUUGGAUGCCAAAUAUAUAAGCAAUUGUAUCUUACUACCUGUAUCUUCUGAAAAAAAUACAGCUUAGUUGACAUAGUAUACUUGUUUGGCUGCAGAAUGCCCAAUUCUAUUUAGUACUUGGGCAGUUUGGUGUAUGGGUAGGAAGAAGUGUGGGAGGAACGUGAGUCUUUGGAGAUAGCUGUUUCUCUGUGGAACUGAGGGAAGAGAAAGAAGUGCUAGGAGUGGGUUAGGAUGGGGCAGGCAGUACUUAAUUGGUCUAUACAGUAAUUUGGAGACAAAGAAAAGGCCCGUCCCUUAAGCUUUUCUUACUUGCACUUUGAAAACAACAAUCUCUGUCCACUGCCCUUCCUGUCAACCUGGAACCUCUGCUGACUGUGUCUGGUCCUUUCUCCCUGUACAGAACUUUCCAGCUCUUCACUGGUCUUUCUUCUUCCUGGGGCUUCUGGUAAUUCCUUGCUAUUAUUAACUCCCUGGAGUAACUUCAGUAGCACAUUGCACUUAAUUUUGAGAAAAGCCUUGAGCAAGCUCUGCUGCAUCUCAGCUUGGGUUUCUGAUUUGGAUGCAGAAAUCAACAGUGACAAGUAACCUUCACUGAACUGAAGGUUAGCUAAGUUGAUAACAGUGGCCUACAAGAGGUUAUCAGAAUAAUUAUCUGUUAAAAAGCACUGUUCUGGCAGAGACGAAGUAAAGCCUUGGUUUCAUGUUUCUUCUUUCACCUCUUUGAGUUCAUCUCAUUCUGUGGCAAUGUGACUGAGACUUUGAGCUCAGGGGAUAGAACAGUGGUUGACCAAGGUGGGAUCUUCACCCAUCCAUUCAGCUCUGUGUCACAAAAGCAUGUUGAAAACCUAGUCAUGUUUUGUUCGUGAGUCUUCUAAUUUGUUGCUUCUCUGUGCGCACUUAUGCGAUGAAACCUUGUGAUUUAUAUCUAUAUUCUGGCUAGCAAGUUCAGUUGUUUUGUUUUGUUGUUUUUGUUUUUAACUCUCCUUUUUAAUUCCGUAAUUAGAAAAAAAAAAAGGAAAACAAAGCAAAAUUUUACCAAUAGCCGUGCACAUUAUGGAAGCAGGUGAACAUGAAUGCCAAACUUUAUCAAUGACAUUGUCAGUAUGGCACACACAAAUCUGGUUGUGCAUAAGUUAUUCUAAGGGCUUGCCAUCAUUUCUUGAGUUACAACAGCAAGAAAGAGGGAAAAACAAAUUAUCUUAUGACAUUUACAGAGUGAUCCAACAAGUUUAAUUCGAACCAUAAACACAGUGUUGCAUCUGUUUCUGAGCUCAAUUGAUUUUGGCAUUGAUAGAAGACGCAACUAGUAUAUGCUUAUGUGCAUCUUAAUUACAGCUGUUAUAUUACAUGCAGUGCAGUUGUGUAUGCGUUAGUCUUAAAGCAUGAAACAUACUAAUGCUAAAGAUCCUACAGGAGUAAUCACUAUCAGCGAAAAGGUCAUCAAAGUGCUUAUGUGACUAAAAUCACAUAUGCCAUCUCAGAGCUCAAAGAACUUUCCAGUGGUGAGAAAGUAUUAUUACAAUUAGAUUUUACAGUAGUGAUAGAAUAAGGCACAAUUAGCUGUGAAGUGUUGUAAGAAAACAAAAAUCUAAAUGAGCAGAACCCAUGAGUCCUUUGGUCCUACAGAACAAAUUCUGCCUAUUCUUGGCCAUAAUAAACCUGGUUGAAGGUGUUGAUAUCAUAAAGUAGUACAGGCAUAUAGUACAGGAACAAAUCCUACAUGUAAAUGAUGUUGAUGCAUGAGGAUAUGCAAGAAACAUUGUAUAUUUCUCAAGAUCUGAAAUAUGCUUUAAUUUUAAUGUAUCAGAAAUAGUACUGUCAGAUACAAUCCUUUUAGUGCUGUAGACUAGGGGCUUUCAUGCUUAUGAAAUGAUACCCACAAAACAAUUGAUCUUUGUAGUCUGUUCUUGGAGAUAACACAAUGAAAUUCAGAAACACUCUUGAGGGUGUUCAGUACUGCUUAUUCAUUUGUCUGGUAUCUGAUGAUCUAUUUAUUUUCUACAGCACACUGCAAAUAUUUUUGUAAGUCAUAUUUCCAUAAAAAAGGCCUCUUUUUCAAAAUCUGCCAUGUCUAUGAGAGCAUUUUGAUUUCAGUUGUUUGAUACUCUUUAGAAAAUGAAAUAUUUGAAAAUUUUGUAAUAUGCCUUAUUUUUAUGAUGUUCUGAAUUUUUUUAGUUUUUAACAACAUGCAUGUAAACAAGGUAGAAUGCAAAGUUUUGCAAUUAUAUCUUUUGUACUUUGAUCUGUAAUGAGUAAUACAAUUAUUAUUAAUAUUAUUUGUAAACUAACCCUUUUUUUCAAGACAAUACAGUGGUAGCCACUGACUUCCCGGUCAUUAGCAGUGUGGCUCCAAUGUCAGCUCUGAUACUUCUGUGCAUUCAGUUAGUUGUUAUUCAGACGCCAAACCAGAUGAACUGACAGGUCAAAUAACAUGGAUACUAGACCACACUGUGAACUAAAAGAGGGGAGAUUUAGAUUUGAUAUCACAAGGAAAUUUUUUUACUUGGAAGCUGGUGAGGCACUCGACCAGGUUGUGCAGAGAAGCUGUGGAUGACCUAUCCCUGGAGAUGCUAAAAGACCAGGUUGGAUGGGGCCCUGGGCAGUGUCAUCUAGUGGAUGGGAACACUGUCCAUGUUAGGGGAGGGGGGGGGAUUUGAACUAGAUGUCUGUAAGGUCCCUUCCAACCCAAGUUAUUCUAUGAUUCUAUGCAUUAGCAAUGACAGAAGGGACGCUCCAGUGCUUUGGCUAUCACUGAGCCAAUCAUUCUUUUCUGCAAGUGGAAAAUAUAAACGGAUAAAAAAAGUUGUUUAAUGAGUCCAGACUGCUUGUGCAAUGCAGUGUGACUUGCUAGAACCCAUCACUGUGAAUUCUGAGCAAUUCCUGUUUCCACUUAGCAUGUUAUCUUUUAGAACUUUAGGGGAAAAUAAAAAAGAAAUAAAAAGAUUAUAGUCCUGAUAAUUUUCUGUCUGCAGUGGGAGGAAGAAUGGCAGUAGAAGGUGUUAUCUGGAGUGUGCUGUAGCUCACCUCAUUAUUUACUUUUUUCUCAGGCUCUUAAAAAACAAAAACAAAAAAAACCACUGAGCAGAUUUGUGAACCAUCAAUAUCAAUUAGCUAAAUGAAUUUCAGAGAAGAUGAGUAGUGAGCUCUUCUUUGCGUAGUAAUCUUAGUUAAUUUUUCCAUAGAAGAUGUCUGAAUACAUAUCAUUCAAGCCACCUUCAGAUGUGCUGUAGUGGGAGUUGGAGGCAGGUUCAGCCAAGGCCCUUCUCAGCAAAGGACCCAAGCAACUGGGAGGGAACAGAAUUAGGACUGCUGACUUAAAAUGGUCAAAGGCAUACUCUGUACCAUAUGACAUCAUACAGAAGGAGUAUUGAAGCGGUUGGGAGUUCAUAUGGCUCUCUUCUGGUGCUCAGGGAGGGCAUUGGGUCAGUAGGUGAUGAGCAAUUGCUUGUGCAUCACUUGUUAUAGAUACAUUCAUACAUAUAAAUAUUUAUAUAGUUAUAGGGAAAGGUGGUGGCUGACAAACAGUUCUAAAUUACCCAAAAAACGGUGAUGGUCACAAUCCAGUUAAAGAAAGAAAUAUUUACCCAUCCCAAGGAUCAGGGUUCACCAAAUAAUCCAAAAGGAGGGAUUUCCAGGUAGAGAUCUUUCACUUACGGCUGCCAGUCCUUAUAUGAGACUUAGGGAGCAAUGAGACUUCUAGUUGCACAGGUGAAUUGUUUUCACCUGUGCUCCCAGGGCUGGCUGUGUCCCUUCACUAGAUGCUCAUUCAUUGGUUCAGGCCAUGACUUUGCAAUUCCCUUACAAAUUUAAAUGUAUACAAAUGCUUUCACUUUCACAUGCAGAGGAUACAUAUAUAAGCAGUGACUAUAUAGAGACACAGAUAUGCAAAAUGUUAGAAGGGAGAAUUUGUGAAAUGUAUUUACUUCCAAAAAGCUUUUUAGGAAAUAUCUAGUUCAACUGUUAAUAAUGUACAUCAAUCCACCAACUUGCCUGCUUGCUUUGGGUUCACCUAAAUUGUGAGAAAUUUCUGAUCUGCAGACUAAAUCUUUGCCAAUCUUCAAAGCAGAAUAUAGUCGCUGAUCUUUCUUUCAUGUAAGCUGUCUCCUGCAGAUUUAUACACUGAAGAGGAAAGCUUUCAAUCCAGAGAUUACAAACAGUGAGUAAGGCAGUAGAGAUACGAAGGCUGGCUUCCAAAAAAACAUAGCAAAUAGUGAUUUCUUGAAGUUUGGUAAGUCAGAGAAUCCAUUAGACAGUUCACAGGAAGAGACAGAUAUCUGCAAGAGCUGUGUUAAGUGAAACUGUGACAAGUUCUUGUAUUUUAUUGUGCGGUGCAUAAUCACAGCAAGGUUUACUGAUUUGAUUCUGCUUUUAGUUCUAUAUUGUUGGAUUUGACUGGGAUGUUGCUCACAAUGGAGAUGUUCCACUGAAAGAAUGGAGAGGACAUACAGAGGGCAUAGAAAGAACACUCUUUUACACCCCUAGACCAGACUUCUCCAUUGUCUUGUUGCCAGGGGCUCUCCUACCUGUGUGAGUCCUAUUCACUGCACAGAAAUAAGCUGUGCUCAAAUGUCAUGUUUUGAAAGAGCUGUGUGAGAAGCUGAAUAGAAGUAGUAUAGUACUGAUUAACUCCCCCAGUCUCCUGGGAAAUUCAGGACAAAGAAUACAGUUAGAGUGAUGGAUGAUCAAUGAGUCCAUCCAUGAGAAAGUAACUUAAAUCUCUGUGACUAAUGCCAAAACGAGAAAAUUGAAGAAAAGCUUGUGCCACUAAAAGGUGGGACUGCUGGUACAAUUUUAGCUUAACACAACCUGUUUUCAUAGUUUGUCUCUGGGCUUGCAGUGGCCUGGGAUGAUCAUAUAAAUUGAGCAUUACCAAGUACAGAACAAAAGCCACCCCACCUACAUCGACCCCACUGCUAUAGAGGAUGGUGAAAAGGCUCUGUCCCCACAGAUUCAUGAAAUUGGACCAUAUGCAAUCAUAGAUCUAGGCCAACGAUGAAUGUUGCUUGACCCAUCAUAGUCUCCUAAACAUGUACAAUUGUCAACGCAAACCAAUAUCUCAGCAGACAAACACACCUGCUCACCAUUUCUAAAAACAUCCUAUGCAGGAUGGCUAACAGGCUAUACAGGCAACCUCUUACCCUAACUAAAUCACCAUGGAUAAAUGUGACUAGCAUCAUGGGGACAGGACUGGGAAUCCUAAAGAGCACAGAUGCUGAAAUGCUUAUAAAUAAAUUAAGCUCAGUAACAAGUGACUUACAUGCAUUACAACAUCCCUUGCAUUCUUCCCUAUCGGUGUUGGGAGCCAACCAGUGGCAUUGCCUCAAUGGGAAAGAACUAAUAUAAAAGGCCAUUGCUUAAUCAUAGGCACACUUGCCAUAACUCAAGAUGUCUCUAUAGCUCUUAGUUCUAUCCAAGCGCAAAUAUGGGUGCAAUCUAUGGCAGUGGCAAUUGCAAGAGAAAGUGAAGGAAGCACUUUACCAACUGAAAUUCGAACGGUGAGUUAGGAUAAUGCAAAUAAAUUUGAAAGAAAAUUUCAAUCUUGGUGGCAUCUAAUUAAUUUUAAUUAUGAUCCUUUUAAUAGCUAGUCUACAGCUUUUGUCCUGUUGCUAUGCAGUGCAUCAGUAUAUACCAUAUACCAAAUAUAAUUGCACUGGGACUGAAUCACAAUGGGGCUAUACUCUACUCAGUAGAACACAAACUAUGAAUCCAACAAAUCAAACAAAUAGAAGACUGUUGACAUUGGUGCAUGUACUAGACGGGAACAACACAGAUUUAUUUGUGAGAGUAAUACCAUCAAAGUUCAAGACAUUUGUCUUGACACUGAACAAAAGAUCUGCCAUAUUGAAAUGUAUCCUGAUGAGAUCUCUGAAACAGUGCUUGUCUAUACUGGAAAAGGAUGUGUCUGUAUGAGAACCUCAUUACUGUAGAUACAAGCAAUUGCUCAUAUAUAUGUGUUUGUAACUUUACUAACAUGAGAUUACUCAGUUCCAGUUACAUCAUAUCAGUUGUUACAACCCGAUUACCUAUUAAAUCAAGAUUUACUACCUGCCCCAAUUGGAAUGAAUCUUGCAUUAGUAAAUAAAUUACUGCAACAUGACAAUCUAUGCCAACUGCUAGAACUCAUCUGGGACAACGGACAAAAACUCUAAUUACUGUUUACUGUGAUGCAAAAGACAUACAUUGUGUCCUGGAAAGGGUGAAGAAGGAUGGAGAACACUGUUCGUGCAAAACACUUUUUGGAUGGUCACCAACAGCAACAGGAAUUUUCACUUCUGUGCUUCAGUGAGUUGUGAUCCUACUAACCCUAACAUGGAUGUGUAUAUUCCUUAUAAUCAUAUUAUAUGUGCAAGUCUGGAACAUAAUAAAGACUAACCUAAGUUUUUUACCAAAGGAACCCAGGAGUUGGCCUAGGCUCUAGAUUUCUUUUCCAGGCCUCCUGGUGGUCCGUGGGUAAAGCAA